UUGGAGUCAAUGGAGUUGUCGCAACUCUCUAUAUAUGGCUCUGGGCUGUUCAACAGGGUAAACCACACGCGUCACACAUGUCUUCAGCGGUACACGACAACGUUAAGAAUUAUUAUGGCUCUCGUCUGGAAACGUCAGAUGACCUGCAGACCAAUGCUGCGUGUGUCAUGCCCUCCAGGCCGCUACCCAAGAGCGCAUGUGAAGCCCUAAAACAAGUCCACCCAGAGGUUUGUAAAAGGUAUUUUGGUUGUGGUCUGGUUGUACCGGAGAAGUUGGAAGGAUGUAAGGUUCUUGAUCUGGGCAGUGGAUCAGGCAGAGACUGCUAUGUCCUCAGCAAACUGGUGGGGGAGAGGGGUCAUGUCAUUGGAUUGGAUAUGACAGACGAGAUGAUAGUUGCCUCACAAAAAUAUGUCCAGUACCAUCAGGAGAAGUUUGGAUACUCAAAACCAAACACCAUGUUUGUGAAAGGCUACAUGGAGCAGCUCAGUGAUGCAGGAAUACAGGACAACUCAUUGGAUGUAGUUGUGUCAAAUUGUGUAUUAUGUCUGUGCCCAGAUAAGAGAACUGUGAUAAGCGAAGCUUACAGAGUUCUAAAGGAGGGUGGGGAGUUAUACUAUAGUGACAUGUAUGCAAGCAAAGUAGUUCCAGACUCUUUCAAGGAAGAUCCAGUUCUGUGGGGUGAGGGAAUGGCUGGCGCCCUCUACUGGCAAGACCUCAUUACUCUGAUGAAGGACAAAGGCUUCAGCACUCCCCAUCUGGUUGCAGGCAGUCACAUUGUGGUUCACAACCCAGAACUUCAAAGAAAGACAGGUGAUGUUAAAUAUGCAUCUGGAACCUAUCGGAUUUUUAAACUGCCUCAAAACAUCAUCAAAACCAAAGCAUUGGUCACAUAUAAAGGCACAGUGCCUGACUGCGCUGACUGUUUUGAGUUUGAUGCCUCUCAUUUCUUCAAGACAAAUGUUCCAGUGGAGGUGGAUGCAGACAUGGCCGCCAUUCUCCAGAACACCCGUUUCUCUGCUGAUUUCAGUGUCACAAUUUUAGAUGCUCCAGACCCAAAUCUGUGCAGCUCUUCACAGUUCUGCCACCUUAGCCCGUUCCUUCUUGCGGAUAGACUGGGCUCCUCUGUGAAGCAGUGCUCGAAGACAGGACACUGAGGUAAUUGUGGAGGGUCCGGUAGAUCAUGUGAUGGCCAGAACAAUUGAGAAGAUCAUGAGAAUAUUGAGUGUCACAAAAGAUCUUCUUCCAAAUGGUUUCUUAAGUUAAUUAUUGUAAAAUUACUUUAAAUGUUCCAAUCACAAAAACAGCAGCUUUAAAGGGAUAGUUCACUCAAAAAUUAAAAUUAUCUCGUGAAUGUCUCACCCUCAUGCCUUUCCAGAUGUGUAUGACUCUUUUGCAGAACACAAAUGAAUAUUUUCAGAAGAAUAUUUUAGCUCUGUUGGUCCAUACAAUGCAAAUAAAUGGUGACCAGACAUUUGAAGCUCAAAAAAAUACAUUAUGCCACAGUAAAAUUAAUCCAUAUGACUCCAGUGUUUAAAUCUAACUUCAGAAGCGAUUAGAGCUGCAUGAUUCUGGAUAAAUUGAGAAUCACAUUUGUUUUGCUUAGAAUAAAGAUCACGAUUCUGAAGAAAAAGGCUUAUUUCAGUGAUUUACAAAACCUGGACAUAAGGGUAUUAAACAAAGUAACAUAUAAUUUACUAGAGGUUCUUACAAAUUGUUCUCUGCUUCAGUCUAUGCAAAAUAUGCAAUUAAAAAGCAAAACGAGCAGGAAAAAGUUUCAUUAACAGUUCUAUGUUAACUUGAUAUUGCACUUGUAAGCAAAUAUACUAAUACUAAAACUAUACUAUACAAAUAUACUAAUAUACUGUUAUUUUACCAAAGGUUAAAUUAUUAGGGUUAAAUAUUAAUAUUAACAAUUUAAAUUAAAACAACGAGGUCUUCAGUGUUUCUCUUGUAAAACUUGCUUCAAGCUUGUACAGGAAUUAUUCAAGAGCCAGUAAUUAAACAGAAAACAGAGUAACUGUGUGAUUAUUAGAUCUACAUUAAUACAGAUUUGAUGCAGUAAGAAUGUCUGAAUGCCUACAACAGACAUCAUGCAGCUUAUAUACAUUUAGACAUCACACAAAUCUAACAUUUUGAAAUAUUUGUCAUGUCUGCUAAUAUAUUAACGGCUGUGUUUGCUUUAAUAUCUCGUCAAGACAGAGCAGCUUUAAUCUUGUCUGCUUACACUAGUAAUUCAUUAACAGCUAUGUUUACAUUAAUAUCAGCUAAAGAGGUUUUAUUAAAAGCAGUGCAGUUUUUCAUGCAGGCGUGCUGCAUUCAUCACAAGACAGAAGCGCACGUGCAGACACGCAUGUGAGCGCUCGAAAGCAGCCAGCUGUGAUCAAACAGGAGCGCUGUGUUUUUUUAGAUGCCAUAUAAAGUUUAUCAACAUUUAAAUAUGCGUCUUGAAGUGAAUUUCAAAUUUAAAUUUGACUGCCUUAUAAAUGCAUGCCACUGGAACGUUAAUAUACAUUGCAGAAUCAUUGUCAUUUAGAAAUUAGAUCACGUGGGUGUCUGAAUCGAGUUCUUUAUCUUUUAACGAUUAAUCGUGCAGCACUAGAAGUGAUAUAAUAGUAGUUGGUGAGAAACAGAUCAUUAUUUAAGGCGUUUUUUUCCUGUAAAUAUCCACUAUUACUUGCACAUUCUGAAAGUGAAAGUGGAGAUUAAUAAAAAAAGGAUUGAAAUAUUGAUCUGUUUCUCACCCAGUGUGCAUUGCUUAAGAAGACAGAUUUAACCAAUGGAGUCGUAUGGAUUACUUUUAUUCUGCCUUUAUUAAGAUUUUUGGAGCUUCAGAGGUCUGGUCACCAUUCACUUUCAUUGUGUGGACCUACAGAGCUGAAAUAUUAUUCUAAAAAUCUUUGUGAUCUUCAGAAGUAAGAAAGUCAUACACAUCUGGGAUGACAUGAACGUUAGUAAAUGAGAGAAUUUUCAUUUUUGUGUGAACUAUCUCUUUAAAAUAAGUUAUAAUAAUUAUUUUAUUUAUAUUAUUAAUUUAAGAAGAGACAGCACUUCAAUCAUUGGUAAAAGCCUUUAACAACAAAAACAAGUUAUCCACUUUCAGAUAUUCAAGGAUUAAUCAAGAUCUUUGUCAGUGCAUUUGCACUGAAUUUUAAAUCUAAAACAAAUGAUAGUGCUGUAGCUGUCUGGCUCUAAAAUAAACUACAUUGGCCUUUAUUUCUUUGGUGUGAUUAUAAACCAGCUGAAAGUAUAUUCUAUUUUGUCUAUAAUACAGCAGAGGUGACUUCCCUAAUCACAUGAUACACUGUGUCUUAAAACAUGUAUACUGAGCACAAUCAGCCGGCUGAAUGAUCUGCAGGCUUCUCAGCAGGAGAUUAUCAUAAAUUCUGUUUUAGGAAUAUUCUGGGUUCUAUACAAGUUAAUCUCAGUUGAAAACAUGUGUGGUAUAAUAUUGAUUACCAAAAAAAAAAAUGUUUUACUUGCCCCUCAUUUUUUCAGCAAGUAUUGAUGCUGACUACCACCCCUGGAGUCAUGAGUUCAGGGUGUGCUGAGUGACUCCAGCAGGUCUCCUAAGCCAGUGUUUCCCAACUUUUUUCUUCCACUGCACACUAAACUAAAGUUUUACAACUAAAAAAUUCUAUGGCACACCACUAUCCCAACCACAGUGGUUGGGCAACACUGUCCUAAGCAACCAAAUUGGCCCGGUUGCUAGGGAGGGUAGAGUCACAUGUGGCAGCCUCCUCGUGGUCACGAUUAGCGGUUCUCACUCUCAAUGGGGUGCAUGUUAAAUUGGGCAUGGAUCGAGGAGAGUAGCAUGAGCCUCUAUGCAGAGUCUCCACAUUGUCAUGCACAACGUGCCACGUGGUAAGAGGCACGGAUUGACUGUCUCAGAAGCGGAGGCAACAGAGACUUGUCCUCCGCCACUCGGAUUGAGGUGAGUAACCGCACCACCAAGAGGACCUACUAAGUAGUGGGAAUUGGGUAUUAAAAAUGUAGAGAAAAGGGGAUUAAAAAAAAUUAAUUUAGAUUAAAGUGAGGCAAUUACAAUAAAAGUGAAUGGAAUCCGCAAAUGUUAAAAUGCUCACUAUUUCAAAAGUAUAGCCACAAGACAUAAACAAUAUGUGUGUUAACAUAAUUUUAAUUUGAUAAAAUUGCAUACUAACCUUUUUUUUGUGUAAAGAUAGAGCAAUUUUACAUGACGAUGUGAUGUCAACAAAACGUAAAAUCUUAAAAUGACUGUAAACAUUACAAUUUAAACAACUUUACAGAUCAAAUAAUACACAAGUUUUAAUAGAAGAAUUAAUGUAAGUGCUUUUAUUAAAUUAUAAGCUUCACAUUUCUGCCUUUAAGCCCCCCUAAAUUUGCCCCAUUCACUUCCAUUGUAAGUGUCUCACUGCAACUUUGAUUUUUUGCUCUCUUUUUUUAAAGAAAAGGAUGGACGAGUCGAAAUUAUAAUUUUUUGUUGUAAUCAACAUUGUGCCACAAAUUAUGUCUAUUGAGCUAAACUUGUAAUGAACCCGAAAUAUUCCUUUUAAAAUGUUUAUAUACUGUACGGUACUGCAUAUUGAGAUUAAAUGGCAUAGUCACACAGUUUAUCAUCACUGUGUUAAAUGAGUCUAUCAGCAGCUAAUAGCAGAUCAGCAGAUCAGCAGAUAAUCAUUAAUUUAGCUCCAUGCUUCUUUAUUUAAUUCCCAAAAUUUUGUCACAUUAAUUAUGUACUUAUUCACAAUUUUUCUUCCAUUAUAUUGUAAAAAUACUAUUAAUAAAUGUAAUUAAAAUGCACAAUUAUUACAAUUUAAAUGUUCAGUGAUGUUUAUUAAACAUGUUAUUAAUUUACAAUUUCAUAUUUUGUAAUGGUUUAAUAAAAAUAAACAUUAUUUAAAAUAAACUGUCCAG